UUUAACGUCAUAUUAAUUUUCUAAAUAUGAUUAAAAUAAUUUUUAUUUUUAUUCCAUUUCACUUUGUUUUACUUCAUGAAUCAACUUUUGCAAUUCAAGUCCUGCCGAUUUGAAUAAUAUUAAAAAGACACAAUGCAUUUUAUAGUAACUUUUGGAUUUCAAGUUUCUAAGAAAUUUAACAUAAAGAACGAUCAGUUUCUAAAUAAAGAAAGGAUUAAAGCGAAAAAAAUAAAUCGAAGAGAUAAACAGAAAAAAGUUAAUAAUUCGUCUGAAACUGCACACUCCCCAAAUAUUAUAAACAUAGGCGAUGUGUUAACAGAAAUACACGUUGAAUAUGAAUUUCUUUCUGGUUAUAAAUUUAAACUUGAUUGUCGGUGUUGGGAAACAGCGGUAAAGAUUUAUACUGAAAAUGGUGACUGGUGCUUAAGACCUAUAUUGUGUCCACUUAAUGAAGAUUUGAUUUGGAUCGUGUUUUCCGUACAUCAUUUAGUUCAAUUAAAUGAAGUACAAUUACAACAUUUCUUUAAUUACAUAAUCACAUAUCGCAUAUUUCAUGGGAAAAAACAAUUUUCGGAAAGAGCCAAAAAGGACAAAGUAAAAGAAUUUUACAUAAAUGAUAGUUCUAUGAGCACAGGACCGUAUGAUUUUCUUGAAAUAUAUUCCUUUGACUUGCACAAUUCUAAUUUUAUUAGAAAAUCAUCUCUUCCAGCAUCAAUCACAGUAACAAAUAAAGUUCAUGGUGAUUUCAGUAUCAUAACAUACCUUGAUAUGAUACCAGAUAAAGUACACGAAUAUAAGUUUCGAAAAAUGUUAAGGAAGGAUCGUUUCCCGCUUGAAUCUUUGGAAGUUGAAUUAUUAAAUGUGGAUCAAAGAUCGGAUAUGAAAUCUGUGCCGAAGAAACGAUUAAAAGCAAAUAAAUUAAAUAAACGUAAUUACGAAAGAGAGGUUGCGCAUGAGAUACAUUUACCCGCGGAGACUUUGUUUUCUGGUAUGGGUACCACUACUAGCUUCAAAAGAACUCCACAAUCACCAAAUGUUUCAUCCGUUUUCAUUUCCACCGAGUGUCGAAAUAUAUUUUCAGACAAGCAACUGCUAAAGGAUUUAAAUCCAAUAGCGAUCAAGUUAGAGCAAUUAUCAAAUUUUCCAGCCGAGCUGAUUAUUGAAAAUGGUUUCAAAUAUUUGUACGUAAAAAUACCUUUUCUGAAUCACACGAUCAUCACACCAUACUAUACUCCAAAUAAAACAAUGUAUUUCGAAUUUAUUAAAUGCUUCCUUUGCAAGGAGAUCAGCCCAGAAGGACUAAUUAAUUUUCUUACUACAAAAUUUCUCAUUGUCGAGAUCAUUGGCAUACGUAUUGUAAAUGUUCCCCAGUCUAGUAUUCCUAUUUCUAAAAAGUCGAAUAAAGACGCAUCAACGAUAAAGAAAUCAAAAAUUACGGAAGUAACAACGAAAGAGGAAGUCUUGCUAGGAGUCGCGAAAUUCGAUGUAUCUGAUCUUUUAAGAGGAUUUUGGGAAAUAAGACUAAUAAGCAGUUUAUCACAUCCUUGCAAUACCGAUUUCACGCGUGCAAACAUAAAUGGCGAUGAAAUGAUAAAUUCACCGCUCACAAAUGAUAUCCUGACAUCAUUGGGUACGUCAGUGAAAAUUCAAGUACGAUUAUCUUAUGACUUGAGAAAAAUUCAGCAAAGGAUUCUGCGUAGUAAGGAUAUACUGAAUCGCAUUUUUUUUAUAUUGAGCGAUACAAAAUUGGUGAAUGAUAUUCUGAAAAAUGUGUCCUCUCACAAUUCCGGUUUAUUGAAAACUUAUCGGUACUCGAAUCAGAAUGCCGAGAAUUCAAAGGUACGAGAUGUUCCUAAGGAUAUUUUAACGGGUUUCGUUAUUAAUUGUUCGAAGACGUUUUAUAUUUUUCUUGAAGGCGGCUUUAUGAGGAUUUUGUAUCCUUUGGUGGAGUUAUUCAUAUUGAAUUAAGCGAUCCUUUGGAAACGGAACUCCGCAAAUGCAGUUUAUAUAUUGGUGAAACUAAAAAGACAAUUCAAGCCAAUCUAAUGACAAAAAUGGGACUGAUGAAAUUAACUUUAACGAUGAAAACAUUGUGUCAAGCUUGUUUAU